UCAGUUGCCUAACACUGAGGUGCUAGCAGGCUUCUGAGCGGAGUUGUUCAUCAAACUGUGUCGGCAAGGCAGGUGUUUAAAGUGUCCACACAUCUGUUGGUGUAGAUUUAAAGACUUGUGAACAUAAAAUACGACUUGUGGCUUUGUUGUCCGACCAAAAUAAAUAAGUCCUUAGGAGGAGGAAUGAACCAUAAGAGUAAGAAGAGGAUUAAAGAGGCGAAACGGAGCGCCAGACCCGAACUGAAGGAUUCAUUAGACUGGAUAAAACACGGUUAUCAUGAGACUUUCGACCUGUCGCACCACACCGUAAAGGACAGCGUUGAGCGUGUCGACACCCUCCACAUCACUCCUGAAGAGUUCAUCCAGCGCUUCGAGCGGCCUUACAAACCCGUCGUUCUGCAGAACUGCCAGGAGACCUGGCCUGCUCGGGAAAAAUGGACUCUGGAGCGCCUCAAACGCAAAUACCGCAACCAGAAAUUCAAGUGCGGAGAGGACAACGACGGAUAUUCUGUGAAAAUGAAAAUGAAGUACUACAUGGAGUACCUGGAGACCACGAGGGACGACAGCCCGCUCUACAUCUUCGACAGCAGCUACGGUGAACACGCCAAGCGCCGGAAGCUGCUGGAGGACUACGAGGUGCCGGUCUUCUUCAGGGACGACCUGUUCCAGUUUGCAGGAGAGAAGCGCAGACCCCCCUACAGGUGGUUUGUCAUGGGCCCGUCUCGCUCUGGCACGGGCAUCCACAUCGACCCGCUGGGCACCAGCGCCUGGAACGCCCUGGUUCAGGGACACAAGAGGUGGUGUCUGUUCCCCACAAACACGCCCCGCGAGCUGAUCAAGGUGACCAGAGAGGACGGAGGCAACCAGCAGGACGAGGCUAUCACCUGGUUCAACGUGGUUUAUCCCCGAACGCAGCAGCCCAACUGGCCUCCAGAGUUCACCCCGAUGGAGAUCCUCCAAAGACCCGGGGAGACCGUUUUUGUGCCUGGCGGGUGGUGGCACGUUGUUCUCAACUUGGACACGACGAUCGCCGUCACUCAGAACUUUGCCAGCACAACCAACUUUCCCAUUGUUUGGCACAAAACUGUCCGAGGACGGCCCAAACUCUCCAGGAAGUGGUACCGUGUCUUGAAGCAGGAGAGGCCUGACCUCGCCGUGCUGGCAGACAAAGUGGACCUGCAGGAGUCGACGGGCAUCGCCUCCGACAGCUCCAGUGACUCCUCAUCGUCGUCCUCCUCCAGCUCGUCUGACUCCGACUCUGACGCAGAGUCGGGCUCCGAGGGGGACGCCAUGUCCCACCGCAGGAAGAAGAGGCGGACCUGCGGGAUGACGGCUAACGGGGACACCAGCGGUCAGGACGACUGCGUCAGCAAGGAGAGGAGCUCGUCGCGGUGACGUCCGGUCCCCGUCCCACCUUCACCUGCCUCCUGCUGUGACUCCUCCGCCCACAAACACACUAAAACAGCUGCUUCCUGUCCAGGUUAGGUACAUGGCCGAGUCCCUGAAUGAGCUUUAGAGACAAGAUGGCCGCCCGCUGCUGAGAAGUGAGAUACAUUUUUUAAGGAGGAGGAUGUGCGUGAGGCCUGCCACCACUGUGCUUUCAACGUGAAUCUUUAUCUGUUUGUCUCUGUCGGUUGUAAAUGUGAGGAAACAUGAAGAGAGAGUAUGACCAGUUACAAACUGGGGAAGGGGAGGGGAACUGGGAACUCCUCGGGGGCUAUGAAAUCUUUGUGAUGUCAGUUUGAAAUAGAGGAAAAGGAGGGUUUUUUUAAGGGUCGGGACACAUUCAGCCACCAGUGAGGUUCAAUACAAAAAAAAAUGGAUUCUCUUCUUUGAUCAUUGUUUAAAAAUAUCAGUGCAGUUUUUUUUACCAGCACAAACACAAUAUCUAACUCCAUGAUCCAAAGAGGUAUAAACUAGCAGCAUGAGCCGACAAAGGCCUGAUCGCAUCGUGCAGUGUUGCAUGAAAAUCUCGUUGAAAAAUAACGUUCAAGUAGCUCAGUCUGAUACUGAUACUCAUACUGAGAUGUUCCAGGAGUGACGACAUGCUGCGCCCCUUUCUGCAGCGAACAUCGUCAGACAAAAUUAUCAGCAGCCAAACAGAAGGAUUUGGCUUUCAAGAGACAAAAGUAAAACAAUAGAAUUAAUUAGGUAAAAUAGAGUUUAAAAAAAGGCUAAAACAAUAAAUGAAAACACAAUACCAACUACGGAACUGUAAGGAAGAUACUGGCCACCUGGAAAGAGUAUAAAGCACCUUCAUUACGGGUUGCAUGAUAUCAACGCCCGCCCCCCCGUCCUGCUCCUGCUCCUGCUCGUGGUGAAUUUUUCUGAAUACUUCCUGCUGCGUUCACUUCACACAUCAGCUCACCCUGACUUGCGGGAGAGAGGCUGACAAAAGUCUUAAAAAGAAAUCAGGACAAAGUCAAGAGUGUAAAAAUGUAGCUGUUUUUGUUCACACAAGCAGCCCAAAGCUGAAAAUGUUCCUGAGAUAAGAGUGUCUUGAUGCUAAAGCAGCAGCUUCGGCCUUCAGGAUGAGCAAACUUCUCUGUGUGCGCUGCACGGGUCAUGAGCUGUCCUAAGGUUUCCACACGCUCACUUGUGUUUAUUUUGUACUUCAGUUAGAAUACCAGACAGCAGGGGGCACUACAUUCACCAGAAUGCACUGCUGCAUUUAAAUCUCCAGAAGGAUGGAGGAGCUUGAAACGGCAUUAUUAUUGAGAUUUUUAUUUUUUUCAGGAUGUGCAUCUUGUUGAGUAACAGCAGAUCUUUAAACGUUUGACGUGUUGAAGCUGCAGAGACGAGUUACUAAUCAUUGAUUUACUGUAGACGACAAAGAGGCGACUUCUUCAGAUGAAGUCAGCGAGACUCAAAAGUAUUCAGUAAUGAAUCGGCUGAUUGGAACGGGAAUAUGUCAAUCAAUAAGAAAACAAUAAUACUUAGAGUGUCUUUAUAAGCAACUCUAACAAAAGAAAUGUCUCCAGCUUCAUAUUUCUGUUUUUGUUUGUUUUUCUUCGUCUCCUGUGAACGGGAACUGAAUCUGAGGUUUUAGCUGCGAGUCGAACACAACAAGAAAUCUGAAGAUAUCGUCUCUGACGUUGUGAAAAGCAGAGAUUUCAACAAAUGCACCAGAACAUAAAAACCUGAUCUUGCAUGUGUUUAUGAAGCGUCUCAGUUUAUUUGAAAAUUUUAGCAUUUAGGAUGUUCUGUUAUUUACAUUUAGGAGGAAAAUAAUAAACCAAACCACUAACGCAGAUCAGGAAACACAAAAACAAGAUGAGACCGGCAGAGAAAUAUGCCUGGCUUUUGUCAUCUGUAAUCCAAACAUGGAGGGGGGAACGUACAAAGGAGGUGUUUAAUAACGUCCAGAUUAUUUUCAAUCUCAAAUCAAAAGUGUCUGUCCGUUAGAAAAGAACAAACACUUCAGGGUAUACUCAAAUUAUCGCCUGAUUAACUCACAAUGAAAAAAUCAAAAGUUUCAGCGUCCUGACGAUGUUUUCCCUCGUUUAUAUUUCUCUCCUAAAAUCAUAAAUCUGUAAAUCCUAAUACUGUAAAUCGGUCUUGUUUUGUUGGACAAACAGUCGAAAACCUCGAGAUUCAGUCACUGCAAUAGAAAUCAGAAAACUCACUUUAAAAUAAUGAACUGUUAAUUGUUAAAAGCUGCUGAUUGGUAUAAAGUCUGCUCAUGUUGAAGCUUUUUCUGAACCAGUUAAUCCUUUAAAAUCAGCUGUGACGUCCUGCAGAAGCAAACGUUUGUGAAGUUCAUGUGAAUCAGUUGCGUUAGACUAAAGUGCCUAUUAAAGAAGCGAGGGAGUACGUGUGUCUGCCUGUAGGGGGGGUCGGGGGGGGGGUUUAUGUUUCUGUGUUUUUAAUCUGUCAUCAAAGGCGCGAUGUUUUCGUCACACGGUGCCUUCUGUCUCUGUCGUCCCUGAACCGAUCGAUGACGAGCUUUAAAACAGACGCUGAUGCUGGUUCUUGUCUCCGGGUUAAAUGUUGAUUCUUGGAAAAGAGACGCUUCAGUUUGUUGUUCAAUAAAAUCUUUUCUAUGACUAAAAA